GGUUGGCGCCUUUCCCGCCGCAUGUACACAAAAAAUUCGCAGGAAACCCCCGUGUGUGUACGGCCAGAUCGACCCCAACCCCAGCGGCGAGCACGGCACAGUCGGUAGCGGCGGCGCGAUUGCAAGAGGGUCGGUCGACGGUUGAUUCCCAUCUAUCGGAGGAAGAAGAUGGGUGCGGGUGUGGAGAGAUCCAGCAACAAAAGGGCCAUGGCGGCCGAUCCGACCAGCGGAGACGAUCCCUUGGCCAAGAAGAAGAAGAAGGUGGUGGAUCUGGGGAGCGACAGCGACGAGGACUUGCCCAAUCCGUCACAGUGGGCAGGGGUUAAUCCCGAUUCCUUCACCGAUGACUACUUGGCCAAGAUGGAAAAGGCCAGACUCGACGAAGAAUCAGCUCCCCGCCCUGUGAAAAUUGCCACGCUCGACUACUACAAACCUGCCACCAGGUUUCACACCGUCGAGCUUUUCCCCGUCCGUCGAUCCGGAAGCAAGGCCGUGCUCCUCGCUGCGAAAUUUCUUCUAGGGAUUUCAUCCUUUCUCGAUGGUGAACCGCUCAGACGGUGCUCUGGCUUCUGGGUCGAUUGGGAUGAGGAGAAGAAAACUGGCCUUGUUUUGACAACUGCGCGGCUGAUUCGCACAAAGGAUGCUCCUUACAGUGUCUGGUCAGGCGGUGAAGAGUAUGCUACAGAUGCUGAUGUCACUGUUCAUUUGCUAAAUGGCACCAGUGCAAAGGGCCAGCUGGUCUAUCUCCAGCCCCACUACGAGCUCGCUUUCCUGAGCGUUCAGGUGGAUCAACCAAUCAACUUGCCAUCUUUGAAUGAAAAAGAUGUAGAAUUUGCUCAAGAGGUUUUUCGGCUCGGAAGAGACAAUUCCUUAAAUCUAAGGAUAACAUAUGCCAGGGCAGAAUAUUUGAAUCCAACCAUGUUUGAGCGGCACCACAAUGUAUACUUCCGUUCUCCAGAUGGCCAUGGUGAUGAUAAUGAGUUUGACUAUGGGGGGCCAGUUAUUGACCUGUGUGGAGAAGUUGUCGGAAUGGUCAACGACCCUAAGAGAUUUGGGUCUUUUAUACCUUCUUCCAUUUUGCUCAAUUGUUUGGAUUCAUCGAAGAAAUAUCAGCACAUCGCCAGGCCUCAUCUUGGAUUGAUGUUUAAGGACAUCAAACUUCUAGAACCUGCUCAUGUUGACAUGUUAUGGCGUAAGUUUAACAUUGAUGAUGGUCUUAUUGUUGAAGAGGUGUCGGGAGGAUCUCCUGUUGAGAAAUUUGGAAUCCAAAAAGGUGAUAUUAUUGAAUCUUUCAGUGGAAAGCCUGUUUCUUCCACAAUUGAGCUGGAAAAUACACUGAUGAGCAUAUACAAGGGAACCUUAGAUGCUGAAGUUCUUAUUUCUGUUGGGGUGUUUCACACACUCAAAGAACAACGGAGCACUGUAGACUUGACUGCAAAAUUAUCAGAACUUGGAGAGGUUAUUACAAGAUGUACACAUCUCCUCUUUUAACUUGCCCCAUCUACAGAUUAUUAUUUCAAAUCCAGACAUAAUGCUAUCGCUAAGUAUGCAAGCUCAUGUGCAUUGUGCAAUACACUCUUACAUGACACACAUGUGAUGUCUAAAAUAUCACACCAAACCAUACAGUAUUCUGAUAUUUUGCAAGUUUACUGUUUUGGUAAGUAGGUGGUGUGUAGCAAGUAAGAGCAUUACUAGUAGUACCCCUAAACCCUCAAACCCUCAGUAGAACCCCUAAACCCUCAAACCCUUAUGAGGGUUUGAGGGUUUAGGGGUACUACUAGUAAUGCUCGAAGGCCCCGUAAGCUCACUGGCUUCCCAAACGAGACAACUUCUCGUGGAGCCAGCGCUAGCUAGCUUCUCCUGGAGCCAACGAUCGUUCGGUAGCAUUGCUACUCACUCUGUGCGUUUGGUUUAUUUGGUUUACAUGGUUUGGUUUAUACGGUUUUUUAGUUUGUACGGUAUUAAUACUUCGGUAAAUACGGUAUGAAAUUAAAAUACGGUUCGGUUUCGGUAUAUACCAAAUUAUUUCGGUAUGGUUUCGGUAUAUACCAUAAUAACCAAAGUUGACACGAAUUUGAAAAUGACGUAAUAACAAUUUACAAAUUUAUGACCCAAAACACAUACUAUUUUACACAAAUAGUAUAUAACUAUAUAUACAAGUAUAUAUGCAUGAAUGGAUUUAUCCCUUGAUAGUUAUGGACGUUCUUAGCAUUUUUUAAAGAGAAAAAUGACUAUGUUACGAGAAAAUGUACGUGCUUGGCAAUGAAUUUGACGCAUGUAGAAGAAAAAUGAUAACUUGUAUGGUUGUUCGCCUUAAGAAAUAUAAAUUUAUUUUUUACUUCGGUUUAUUCGGUUAACCAUUUGGUUUUUUGGUAUAUACCAUAAAAACCAAAGUUCAAAACGGUAUGAAAAGUCCAUACGAUAUCAAAACCAUAAACCAUAAAAACCGUAAAAUUGGUUUGGUUCGGUUAAUUUGCGGUAUGGUUUUUCGGUUCGGUUUCAAAAUGCACGGAGUGAAUUGCUGCAGCAGAUGCUUCUUCAUGGACUGGCAGCCCAGGAAAGUAGGAUGAAGCCCAUUCGGGUUGGUACAUGGAUGGCCCAGUUCAGUGGUAAAGGCAGGCUGUAGCGACAGAAAACGUUUCGUGAGGCACUUCGGAAGGGCACUCUCGUGUAA